AUGAAUUAUGGGCCCAUACAAAUUGAUCAAUUGGAAGACCUGAUCAUCGAUCAUCCCGAUGCAGAGACCCGUCAGGAGUUAAACGAUACCUCUCUUGAUGAAACAUUCCAAAAAAAGUUGAGUGCAAAAGCUCAUGAAAUUGAAAUGGCCAAUAGUGGACCAAAAAACAAUGAGUCCAACUACAAUGACAAUGAUAUGAGCUAUCAAUUUUUAGUGACGAAGCUGCACUUGCUGUAUGAAUAUAAGGAGAUUGAAGAUAUCGAGCAAGCAAUCAGUGAAUGGUUUACUUAUAGUGAUCUAAAAGCUGUGGGUGUGGCGGCGGGCGUAUUAGCGCUGUCGAAGGUGUUUAACAAUGAUAUAGACAAAUCACUACAAGAAUUGAACCAAUUAAACCAGUCUGGACUUGAAGAUGAUUUGGAUUGUUUAAAGAAUAUUUUGUAUUUUAGUUUUGGACUUACAAAUGGCAGUGAUCCAGGUGAUAGAGUAGCGACUAAGACUGCUCAAAUCGAGAAUAUUAUUCACCACAAUGAAUAUUUAAUUUCUCAAAAGGCUUACGAACCACUAAUAAAUAUGGUGAUUAAUUUUUUAGACAAAAGAGUCAAGAUUGAUAAACAAGGAGGAUUUGAAAAGAGCAACUUACUUUCAAGAAAGGAACUGGGCAAUUACUUUAAGUUGCUCACGUUAAUUUACUUUAUGAUUCUCGUAUCAUUAAAGGAACCUGGAAAGAGCUCUAUAGUCUUUAAGAAGUUUUUGCGAGAAUCAUGUUUUAUGGAAAAGAUUCUACUGUUUAUUGUGCAUUGGAAAUGGUUUCCAAACAACUCGUAUCGAACUCGGUACUUGAUACUAAUUUUCAAUAAACUAAUAUUUUUCGAAUUUGGAGAUUCCGAACAAAUACGCCAAUGUGACAACUACCUCAAUGCAAAACAUAACAUUACAAAAAAUAAAGCAGAUAUUGAAGAUAAGACGCGGUUAACGUGUUCUCCUUUGGAUUAUUUUGCAUUUCGAGAAGACUUGUUGGAUAAAUUUCCUUUAUUUGAUGCAAAUGUGGGAGGUCAGAGCCGCAAUAGUAAUAGUGAUGGCAACAGUAAUGAUGUCCAUGCUUUUUCAUCUACAUCUAAUCAAGAGGAACUAAAAUCAAUUGAGAAGCAACAACAACAGUUUAUGUCUAUAAAUGCGUUCUCAAAUUCUUUAGCUAGUACUCUUGAAAUUCCAAGAACUAACAAAUCGCAUAGCGUAUUGAGCCAGCUACCCACGCAACCAGUUCAUCUUGCUACACCUAUACCUUCUCCAAAAUUGGCGGCUUCUGAUUACAUGACAGGAGGCGAAAAGAUUAGGAAAUCAUACCAAGUUAAUCAAUCAAUGCCCUUUAUUUAUCCUGUAGAUCCAAAUUCCAAAUAUUCGGUACCGGUGGCUAUGAUUGAAGCUGACAAAAUAUUGCAAAAUGCAGUGUAUGAAAGUUAUUCGUUGAAAAUGUUGUGGAAAGAACGCGACAAGUUUAUGCAGCAGGAAAGGGGAUACGAAAGCGCUUAUGGUAAAGAUGACAAUUUUGACUUGGAGCAGUCAGCUGUAAAGCCAGAAUUGAAGGCAAAUACAGAUGCAAAUGCAGAUACAGAUGCAAAUACAGAUGCAAAUUCUGACCACUAUGAAGUUGAUUCAAAAAAUGUUGCUCUGCUCCAACGUGUUGAGCAAUUUUACGCUUCUUCUCUUUCAAAGUUGCACACUUUUGUCAAAGUUCUUAUUGAAAUCAUCAAGAGCAAUCGUAUUGAGACCAACUUGAAUUUCUAUGAACUUGAAUUAAACCCCAGUACAUCAUAUAUGAUUAAUUCCCCUGUCUCCCAAUCCAAUGAUAAUGCCAGGUCGAAAAUUGAGAUGGUGUUAAUGCUGCAGUUGGAAGUUUUGAGUGUUAAGGAAACAACUUGUAAAGCAGUUACGGACAUUUUACUCAAUUUGCUUUCUUGGUUGAAAAGAAGCCAUAUUUUGAAGAGCUAUUAUUUUUCUUCCUUGUUAUUUGACCAACAAUUUUUUUCAAUUGCCUUGGAUUAUAUCGGUGGCUCAUUCAACAAUCCUAAUAAUCAAAGUACCGCACCGCCCAAAUCAGAUGAGUUGAUUGAAUAUGAAGUAUUGAUCAAUCAGAACCGAUUACUUAAUCCGCAAAUAAAGCUUCCAACAAUGAAUUUUUUUAACCACUGCUUAGGUUUAAGGAACAAGUCUUAUGAUUACCAAUUCAUAAACAAGACAUUUAUUUCAGAAUUGCCAAAGGAAAUUGACGAAAACAACAUUAAUCAUGUUCAAAUUAGAAAUUAUAAUGCCAAUUUUGCACAUAUUUUGUCGAAUUUGCUUCGAAUCCUCAAUAAGGUUGUUAUAAAGAACCAAAGUCAGCGGAUUUUUGCACUAAAUGAUUUAAAGCCCUCAGAGCUUUUUAAAAUGAUUUUAAUAAAUUACGACACCCCGGCCUUUUCAAAACCAAUAUUAAAGAUCAUGAAAAAAUUAGUGCCUUACCAGGGCCGCAAGUGGAAAAAUGUCAACAUGGAUCUCAUUAGCUCGAUAUAUAUGAAUUGCAAGUUGAGCAUGAAAGACAGUUGGCUUAGUGGGAGGGAUUUGGAAAGUGAUUUCAAUACCAGUUAUGAUCAGGAAGUUGCGCUUAGAGCAUUAUUACAAUUCUACAAUAUAAGGCGAUACCCAAGCGAGAUGGAAAAAAUCGGCUACAAGCUCAACAAUGAUGCUGAAAACUUUGAUAUCUCGGAUAUCCCAGCAUUGAAUUUGGAAAGUAUUGAUUUGUCUAGUUGA